AUGCGUGCAAGUUCCAUUGAUAUUCAUCCAAAUGCAACAUGGUCAAAGAAUGGUAUCACUGUUGCUGGAGGAAAUGGAUAUGGCAGUGAAAUCAAUCAACUGAAGACUCCAGGGAGUUUGGACGUCGACGACGAUCAGACGAUUUAUGUCGCUGAUUGUGAAAAUCACCGUAUUGUGGAAUGGAAAUCUGGUGCAACGAAUGGAGAAGUAGUUGUUGGUGGAAAUGGAGAAGGAAAUGGAGCUCAUCAAUUAAAAUUCCCACGAGAUGUGAUUAUCGACAAAGAGAACGAUAGUCUCAUCAUCAGCGAUUUUGGGAAUAACAGAGUAGUUCGAUGGCCUCGUCGAAAUGGUACUCGUGGAGAAACAAUUAUUUCAAAUAUCGCUUGCUUUGGUUUGACAAUGGACGACAAUGGUUAUCUCUAUGCCGUUGACAAUCAAAAACAUGAAGUGAGACGAUAUAAAAUUGGUGAUACUAAAGGAACAGUAGUUGCAGGUGGCAGUGGAAAAGGAAAUCGUCCCGAUCAACUCUCUAAUCCCCGCUACGUAUUUGUCGAUCGAGAUCAUUCAGUUUAUGUGUCUGAUUCGUGGAAUCAUCGUGUAAUGAAAUGGAAAGAAGGUGCAAAACAAGGCAUUAUCGUCGCCGGUCGUCCAGGACGAGGAAAUAGUCUUACACAAUUGAAUUAUCCUUUUGGAGUCGUUGUUGAUCAAUUGGGUACUGUCUAUGUGGCUGAUGGUGAGAAUCACCGAAUCAUGCGUUGGCCAAAAGAAGCCACACAAGGAAGUGUCAUUAUUGGUGGAAACGGGUAUGGGAAACAGUCGAAUCAACUCAAUUGGCCCAUAGGUUUAUCAUUCGAUCGACAUGGUAAUCUCUAUGUCGUCGAUCAUGAAAAUAAUCGAGUACAAAAAUUUAAUAUCUCACAAACUCAAUUCGUAUGA